AUGUCUACGAGACGGACAUUACUCCUGGGGCUGACCUAUUUGGCAACCUACGCCCUCGCUGAUGUGACAUACAAUGUCGUAGGAUACCCAGAUACAGAAACCGGCAGCUUUGGCGUCCAACUCCUCACCUCCCCCAUCGGACCCAUCACAAAACUCACCACCUCUACCACCACCUUCCCCCUCUGGUCCGCCAUCGUCCCGGGCGCCACCGCAACAACCCCAUACAAAUACGUCAAACUCGACGCCGCCGGCAACCCCAUCCUCUUUGAAGAUUUCACACGUACUCUCCAAGAUCCGACAGCGAUCCAGACGUUGUAUGAGGUGUUUGAGAGGGAGGUCACGGAUACGAAGGUGCCCUUGGUGCCCUUGGUUUAUGAGCCAUGGGAGAUGAGCAAGACCAAGGUAUUUGAUGAUGGAGUCGUGGCGACGAUUCAUUUGACGGGCGAUGCGGGCCUGUGGGAGGGGAUGUUGAUGGCGCCCCAGGAGGCCAAACCGAUGCAGGUGGAUUUCCGGUACAUUAACGAUAAGUUGGUCCAUUCGGUUCGAAAUAUUACGGUGGGGAUCAGUGGCAAGUCGAGUAUGGAGUUUAACAAGCAGGCGAUCAAGUUGGAGUUCGAUACAACGGCCCCGCAGAAUCAGACAUUCUUUUCGAGGCCGAGUGUCAAGUUGAGGAGUGAGUCUUCGGAUCCGACGAUGAUCAGGGAAAAGUUGUAUAUUGAUGUGUUGAACGCCGUGGGGGUUCCGACGCAGCAAGGGAGUUGGGUGAGGGUUUAUAUGAAUUCGAAGGCUGUGGGGUUGUAUUUGAUGGUGGAUGAUGUGGGGAGUUCGUUUUUGAAGCAGACGGUGCACCAUGGAGACGGGAAUGUUGUCAAGGGGUCGUUGUGGCAGAUGAAUGCACCUUUGGUUGAGACGCAGGGGGAUCUGAAGUAUCUUGGUCUGACUGCAGAGGCAUACCCGGCGGAUUGUUACAAGAUGAAGACUCUGGGAUCCAACCCUGUCACCGCCCCUAUGACCCAGCUCAUCCAACUCAUGAAGGACCUCGAGGAUUUCGACCCGCUCACCAUGGACGGAGGACAGUAUUGGGAGUCCCGCCUGGACGUCGACGGAUUCCUCCGCAACAUGGCUAUGGAAUACCUCGCUGGAUCCUGGGACGCCUACUGGUGGUCCGGAUCGAACUACUUCAUCUACUUUAACCCAACCCUCCGCAAAUGGCAAUGGAUCUCGACAGAUUUCGACGGCACCUUUGGAGACGGCGACCCAACCGAGAUUCUGACCACCUACCAGACCUAUGCCGACUUUUCCACCCAUGACCGUCCCAUGAUCUCAAAAUUAAUCCUCCGCUCCCCAGACCUCAACAAACGGUUCGAACAAACCCUCCGCGACAUCGUUUCCUAUGCCUUCAAACCCGAAGCACUCUUCCCCCGGAUCGAGGCCUACGAGAAGAUGCUCGCAAGGGAUGUCGCAUGGGACGAUGCAAUCGACAGAUCAAAAUACCCGGGCAAGACGAACAGUUGGACGGAGGCGGAUUUUCACAAUAGUUUGGCGAUGGGAGGGGUGAAGGAUAUGAAUCUGGGGGUGCGGUUUUGGAUUGAGGAGAGGACGAAGGGGUUGGAGGCUCAGUUGGGGUUUAAGGUGGUCCCAGGGACACCGGACAAGGUGAAGAGGGUUGUGAGGAAGUCCAAAGGUGGGGCGUCGGAUGCCGAGGCGUCUUUUGCUAGUGGUGCUGUUCCUAGAUCCUUGAUCCAUGCCGUCGGUGAAGGUGGUGUUGGUGGUCGUUUGGUUGUCAUCACCAUUGUUGGUGCGGUUCUUGCCGCACUGUUGUAA